AUGUCAAAAAAGUAUGGAAACGAGGACAGGGAAAUCAGGAGUAUGUUUUUUUGACAUUUUUCAUCUUUUUUUAGAUCUUCGCCAAAAAUUGAAGUGUUAUAAGGACAAUGGGAAUAUCGAUGGACAAUCGGAAAUUCUGGUCCAACUCGGCGAUGAAUAUCGUCAGAUGGUAAAAAAUGAUGAAGCUCUGGAAUGUUACAAUGAUGCCGUCAAGUUGGCACAGAAGAUAUCCAAAUUUGAAAAUCUUGCACACUGCCACAGGAAUAUCGCUUCGAUUUUGAGUGAAGGUAAAUUUUCCUUAAGAGUUUUUCAUUUGUAGAAAACGACGAAGCUGCGCGAAAGCAUGUUCAAUUAUUUUUGACUUAUGCUAGAAAAAUGGGAAGCCACAACAUGAUUCAGUUGGCUCUACAUGAAUAUGCAUUUAUAUAUCAAGGAUACGCUACUUUAAACAAAUGGUACCUCCUCGAGGUAUUAUUAUUGUUUUGUGUUCUUUAUCUCUUUUAGGCAUUUGAGAAGGCGUUGCAAUGUAAACAAUAUCUGACCAAGCAUGCAGGGGACAUUGAUAAUGAUAAGGAAGCUGUAAAAACUGCUGAGAAUAGUAAAAGAAGAAUGGCGGGGAUAAACUCGCUCCUGGCGGAGAUAUUUCAAUGUUUUGGAGAUUAUCCGGCGGCUCUUCGGUAUAAUAAUAUGGCAGUUGAAUACGCUCAGUAAGUCGUUUUAAUUAAUUAUUUUUUGUUUAGAUCAACUAAAGACUACGGCCUCUUAUACAGCUGUUUGUUGAUGAAGAUUGAGUUGACGAACGGGGAAAAGAAAGUUGCUUUAGCCAAGCAAAGGAUGGAGGUUGCUCAUCAGCAUCUGAAACAAAAUAUCAAUGAAGCUGAUCUCGAGUACUCUAAGCAGAUUCUCAACUUUUUCCCAUCCAAUUUUGAUGAUUUGGCUCCAGUUUUAAAAAUAUUAUUUAAAUUGAGGAAAAAUUCUAAAGUGUCUUCCGUGUGCAAGGAGUACUUAUGUUUUAGUAAGACAACUUUCACUUUUUUUUAUUCUAAUUUAGUUUGGAAAUACGAUAAACGAAUUGCUGCGCUAAGUAAGAACUUAGAUGAUACAUCGAAAUACAAGAUUUGUGAGAGGAUUGCUGAUUCUGCCGUCAAUAUAAAAUUGUUCGAACUUGCUCUGAGAUUUUACGAGCGAAUGUUAGGGUAGGAUUAGUUAUUGUUACAAAUUAUAUUGUUUUAGGUAUUCGACAAAUAUUCGGUACAAAGAGAAAGCCUUGGUGUCUAUAGCAGAAACUCUGAUUGAUCUGGGAGACUUUCGAAAAGCUUCUGAAUAUUACGAAAAGUGUUUGGAGUUGAUUAGAAAAUAUUUUGGAAAAGAUAAAACUAAAGUAAGUUUUUUUUUCUAAAUUAACCAGGGAUGUGCGACGCUCAGAUUUUGAUGAAACUUGGCACAAAUUUACAAGUCACUUUCUUGAAAAUUUUAGCGUACAAAGUUUCGUGCCUUGCGAAAUGUGUGACUUCCUUUAUGAGCGUCGCACUUGGGGUACUUGCCUUGAAAAUUUGGUUUGAUACGCUGAUUUAACACGGUCAUUGCAGCUUACUGAAACUGAAAUCAGCCUGGCUGUUACAAGAAGCAAAGACGUUUCACUUCCCGUGGAUGUUCGAUUCAAGUCUCUCAAGAAAUGUUUCGAUCUUGAUCUAAACAGCGAUAUGGAAAAUGUUGUUUUGGAAGCAAUCGUCAUGUUAUUGAAUGUAAAUAGGCAACAGUAUAAGAAUCAAGAGAUUGAUAAAUGGACGAAUGCAUGGAAAGAGAAGAGAGAGCGGUUGGAAAACGGUCAAGACCCUCAAAAUGAAGAAGUUGAAGAUGGGGAAGAAGACGAAGAAGAUGAAGAAGUUUUCGGGGAUGUUACGGAGAAGGAUAUGAUGUAUGAUUUGGAAGGUAUGUUGAAACUUUUCGAUAACAUUAUUCUAGAAAAAUAUAUAAAGUAUGAGCAGAGAAAUACUCUGGAAAAGAAAAAGAAUAGUCGAAAUACGAAGGGCGAGACGCUACUUCACGAAGCUGCUCGGGACGGAGAUUUGGACAAAGUCAAGCAACUUCUACAGUGUGUAAGAUUAUUUUUGCAAACCCUUAUAUUCUAGGGAUACGAUGUGAAUGCGAAGGAUUACGGUGGCUGGACUCCAUUGAGUGAGGCUGUGAAUCAUGGUCAUCUUGAUGUCUCCAGAGUACUUUUGCAAAAUGGAGCUGAAGUCGAUUGCCAAUCUGGACAGGCACUUCUGAAUGAUGAUGGGACUGCGUGUGUAAGUCCAUUUUUACGUUUAAAAAAUAUUUAUAUAGGAUUCUGCAGGAGAUACUCCUUUAAUGGAAGCGUGUGCCAACGGUCAUAUAGAUGUGGCCAAACUACUAAUUACUUUUAAAGCCAGUGUCAGUCGAUGCAAUCACAAUGGAUUCUCUGCUCUUUACUUUUUGAAUUCUUAUAUUAAUAAUCAUGAUCUGGACGACAAUCAGAAACGAGAAUGUCAAAAGUUGGCCCAGGAGAUUGAUGAGAAACAAAGGAAAGGUAAGAGGUGUAACGAGAGCUCAUCAUAAUCAUGCUUCAAGAAAUAUUCCAAAAAGUAUAUGCGAAAAUCUUUGUGCUCUUUGCAGCUAUCCAAGAAAUUGUUUUUAAUGUUGAAGUCGUGCAUUUUUAUACGUAUAUAAUAUGCAGAAUAAUUUUUUCUUGCGUUCGCGGAGAUGCAAUUUUAAAAAAUGUGCCAAUUGUCUCCGCCGACCCGAGAAAAAAUUGCGUAUUCUAAAAACGCAUGAUUUCGAAUUUUAAAAACAAGACAAGUUUCUUGAUUAUCUCUAGAGCUUGAAGAUUCGCAAAAAUUGUCCUGAAUUUAAUUUGAACAAUCUAGACUUUUUUAGAGGGAUUCAAGGAGAGUGCUCUCUUUCCAAUCUCAUCUAGUCCUUGCACAAGUAAAGGGGUUAGAUGUCAUUCUCCUGUUCAAAUCAUUGAUGACAUCAACCUUCCCAAAAAGUUGAAAAAGCGACCAGAACGGAGAGCCCCUUCAUAUGACCGAGGUGUUGCAAUGGAUGACGAUUUUGGCCCCUUGCCAACGGAAUCUGCUCCUGAUGAAGAUAUUCAUAUGGCUCUUAAUUUAUAUGGAAAUGAUGAGACCUUUGAUCACUUUUCCACAACAAGUAGUGAAAGAAGGAGGAAUCGAAAUUUUGCUAUUGAAGAAGGGAAUAGGUCUCGAAUAAACACGGAGAACUCGAGCAGAUCGUCAAGGAAAAGAGCGGCCUCACCAAUUUCUGUUUCCACUUCCUCGUCAGCCAAGAAAUCUGCUACAAUUGCACAUACAUCUUCUUAUAGCAGGUCUAGUAGACCAGAACGAGUAGAAGCGAUUGCACGACCAACAUCUAGGAAAAAGAAAAAGUAAGCACACCAAUAGUAUAAUUAUAAUUGUUUAGGUUUGCAUUCACCAAGAGGACAUUCGAUAUUAUAAAUCCGCUCACAAAUCAGCCGGUUACAAUGAGGCGGUGUUUUGCAGGUAAUGGAUUUCACAAAUGGGUUGCUUUACCCAUUUGAAUAAUUUAAGAACACAGUGUUGUCAGUGUGGUAUGUUGUACUAGUUCCUAAAACUUGCAGAUGACGGCGUAGACAUGGAUGAAGUGAUCAACUUGGUCGAUCAAAUCUUCGUGCGGUACAACGAGUAA